AUGCAACAGAUCAAUGGUUCCUGGCAAGGUUUUGGAGAUGAAGCCGAUGAAGAAACACUUUCUCUUUGUGAUCUUGUCAUAAGCAGUGAUGCCAAUGAAUAUUGGAACAAUGAUGAUUUCUCCAAAGAAGAUCACCAGAGUAAUAGUGGAGAUUUGUUUGAGUUCUUCAGUGAUGAUUUUCCUGCUGCAGCUCCUGAAGAUGAUAGCAACAUCAUUUUUUGUGGGAAACUGAUGUCUUUCAAAGAACAACAACAACCCAAGAUUGAAGACAAACCACAGAGCCCGAAAAUCAGGAAAGUCAAGCAAGAAAAUGAUGACAAGAAGAAGAAUAUCAGCAGCUGCAAAUUUCCAUGGAAAAUUUCAAAUUCAUUCAACAAGUCAAGAACAUAUCCUUCAUCAUCAGCAAAAGGGUCAUUAGGGAAGAGUUUCUACAAGUCUUUAUCACUGCCAGCUAAAGGAUCCAAAAAGAACAAUGGGAAAUAUGGGAGUGAUCGAAGCAAGAAAUUGGGGGAUGAAAAGUUUGAUUUUUCUGUCAAGAAAGUAUCAAUAUUAGCAACGCCUGUCAAGUCAAGGUGGUAUUUGUUUGCAUUUGGAGUAGGAAGGUUUCCAAUGGAGAUUGAGCUCAAGGACAUGAAGCUGAGGCAGACCAGGAAGAACAAGGCAAUGAAGUUCCAACCACCGGAGCGCGUCGGACCGGAAAAUGCCAUCGGUGGCAAGGAAAGGAGGAGAUCGGGCAAGGGUUUGUGGAGGUUGCUUAAGGUUUUAGGCUGGAAGAGCAAGCAUACAAAUGUUGAUGUAGUUCAGGCUUCCUUUGGUUGCAAGCCACAUGUGUGA